CAAUAACUGUCUUACAACAGCAAACAAGAAAUUUUUAACAAAUUACAACAAAAUGGCCAAAUUCAUCAUUGUUUUGUGCGCUUUUAUUGCCUGUGCUGCUGCCAAACCCGGUGUUGUAUCUCCUUUGGCUUAUACUGCUCCUUUGGCAUACUCUACCCCCUUGACCUACUCUACUCCCUUGGCUUACUCCGCUCCAUUGACUUAUGCUGCCGCUCCUGUAGCUUAUGCUAAUGCUCAUUUGGAUGCCGCUUAUGCCAGCAGCCGUGUUGAUAUUAAGCAAAACUAUAAUGCUGCCGUUGUCCCUGCCACUUAUGCUGCCGCCCCUGCUGUUCAAGUAGCUACACCUUUCGCUGCCGUAGCUCCUCUUAAAUACACUGCUGCUCCCGUUUUAUUGUAAAUUUCUUGUUUGUAAUUGUUAUUAGAAAAAAAUCGAAAUAAACUAAAAAAUCUGUGAUUUAUUGUUAAAGAAA